UUAUAAUUGACAUUCUUAAAAAUUCCUUUUAGACCACGGGAUAACUCUCUAUCAAACGGUAUUGAAAAAUAUUUAGACGUUUCUCUGUUUAAAAAAAUAAUCAGUUUCAGUUUCCUAAUAUCGGAUAUCCGAUAUUAGGAACCAAUUGUCCAGUGAUGCAUUUGUCGGACGUCAUUCGGAAAAUAUCUGCGCCACUUUCUUUAUUCUGUUAUUAGGCAAAGAUAAACUGUUUCUCGGUGAUGUCCGAACUUUUAUUUUUACGCAAGCAGGAGUUAAGACCUCAUACUGAGGAUUUUGUUUUUUUCUAGAUGAACGGACAACAAAACCAAAUAAAACUUAAAAAGCGUAAAAGCUGGAAUGCAAAAGCUAUGGAGCUGGCUGUAAAUGCAGUAAAAAGUAAGGAAAUGGGGUAUUUAAAAGCGUCAAAAGCCUACUUGUUGAUUACGUUAAAUCGGACAAAGCAGAAGACAUAUUAACGUCGCCUGCGUUAUCUGAUGAAUUGGAAAAUCUAUUAGUUACGUAUUGUUUGGAUAUGGAGAAACGGUUUUAUGGUCUAACAGCAUCGGACAUUAGAAGAUGAAAAAGAUAGAGAUAUCAUCAGUGGACAACGAGGUUGUAGUGUCAGAAUACACUUACACAGACGAUGAACAACAGGAUCUAAAUCAAAACUACAAAAAAUGUUUGGCACUUAAAUAGUCUAGAGAAUCUAAAGGUAUUACAAAUAAUAAUUUAUUAUUAUCUGUGUACAAUAUUUUAAUUUUUAGAAAACAUUGCAAAUAUCGAGAACGUAGAGCCAGAAUCGUCAAAUAGUUCCCGAGAAGAAGCGCCAUAUUCGUUAGAUGAUUCAAUUCGAGAUCCUAAUUAUUCUGAUGAUUCAUCUUCAAAUUCUUCCAGAGGCUGAGUCACUUAUGGCACAUGUAACAAUACUAAAUAGAAAAAGAAAAGCGGAGCCAUCAACGUGGAAAAAAAAUUGUGCAAAUCGGUUAAGAAAUAGCGGAAAAUCUUAUAAAACUUUGGCAAAAGAAAAAGAAAUACCGGAAAGGAAAAUACAACCCGCCUGCAAUGAGAAGUGUAAACAAAACUGCAGUAGUAAGUUUACUGAAGAAGAAAGGCUAAAGAUAUUUAAAAAUUAUUGGGACAUCAGAUAUCGUAAAGCAACGCACGUACCUAUUGACUCUCAUGCAAGAGUUUAAUCCUAAAUAUAGGUAUCAGUUAUCGACCUACAAUUUUACUGUGUGCGAUAUAACACCGAAGGGGCAGGGUGCUGUCUACUGCUACCUGUGGCAUGAGGCUGAGGGAAAAAGAGGCGCAGUUGAGAUUGGUACGCGUGUAUUAAACUAUUUGAAAGAAAAAUCGGAAACUUCGGACAGUGAUGACCUAGAAAUAAGGUUUUAUUCCGAUAACUGCGCUGGCCAGCAGAAGAAUAAAUUUAUUAAUGCUGUCGCCAAUUACAAAAUAAAGUCUAUAACUCACAAAUAUCUAGUCACGGGGCAUACUCAAAAUAAGGGUGACAAUUUUCACUCUUUAAUAGAGAAGAACAUUAAACAAGCUUUAAAGUCUGGACCUAUUAGUACACCGUCACAAUACGUUCAAUAAUAUGGUCAAUAUUUAUAAUCUGAGUUUGCUCAUAAAUUGUUACUUUUGAGGUGUACCAUUGUUGUCGACGGUGAGCGAAUAUGUAUUAUAUGUAUUAUUAUGUAUUAUUAUGUAUUAUAUGUAUUUUUUAGUAUUGAAAAUACUUCUGGCCGUGUUUAUAUGGGACCCAUCUUUGAAAAAACGACAUGCUCGAUGCCACACGAGUUCAAUAACCUGCCUAGUCAACUUGUCAACACGUAAGUCGAUAGUUUAGCCGGCGUUGAUCAUCGAAGGACGUUUGAAGGCCGAAAUGAGGUCUUAUUAACACCACCCCCCACCCAUCAUUUUUAAAAUGAACCCAGACGCAAACCAACGUCAACCACCCCCCGCCCGCGUAUACCGUGGACGCCCCGAGAAUCAGCGUGACCCUAACGCUGUUAGGAUCAACCCCCGCGAAUCUCAGGAAACCAACCCACCCCCCCCCCCCCGUGGCAACCCCCAACGCCGCGGCCCACCUGCUGGAGGUUUGAACAAACCAACCCUAGCAGCCAGAAACGAUGCAGCAAAACCCCAGGCUACUUCUGCAAAUCCUGCUGAAGGGUCUGUGUUUGCAUCUCAGAUCAGUGUGCGCGAAACUGUCCAACGACAGACGUUCACACCAUCUGCCCCUGCUCUCAUUGAAAUCAGCCGACAAACAUACGCUGAACUCCUCACAGACGAUGCUCAACUAGCUAAAGUGUUGCUACCUGAGUACUUUGAUUACUACUCUACCGCAAUGCUAUGGCUUAGAAUUGUCCAUCUAAAACAGAGGAACUCCCAGCCGCUGACACAGAAGGAACAAGACCUUCUCAACCUGACGCAAGUCACAAGCUUUUGCGUGCCAGAACCACUGGUAUUGCAAUUGAAACAAAUCGGCAACAUCACAACAAUGACGAAGCAGCACCUCUACCCGGAAUUCCCACCAUUUCCGACCGCCCAAGUAGCAAACCAUGGAGGGUACUACGGUACUCUACAGCUACCCGCCCCUGGUGUAAACAACGACUUACACAACCUUUACGAAGAGAUACCAUGUCUCGGAGUAAUGGCAGAAGCCGUCCGCCAGGCCAUCUCAGACGCACCAGCAGGCCCAUACCAGUCGGCACUGAACAUCAAUGCUGAUAACCCAGUCAAUGGUAACUUGCUCGGAUACAAGCCUCUGACCAACAGAAAACCAGAAGCAAAGAAUCUGGCUCUGUCCCAAUCCAUCACCCCCAACGCCUUCCCUGACCACCCAGAAGAUACAGGUUUUAACCUGGCUCUUCUUCAGGGCAUUUCAAGUAGUUUAGCAGCUACUUCCACCUUCAAGAACACUGAUUUAGUGUUCUCGACCCUGAGCGAGGUAGGUGCUCAGUCACAAACUGUCAUCCCCCGACCAAUCGUUCAGGAAAACAGGCCCAACAUACAAGGCGAGACCCGCCCCACCAGCCUGUCCCAAGAGCAGCCCUCACACUACGGCUCAGCCGUCUUCUUCGACUCCCAACUCAUGAAGGAAGCCGGAGCUGGAGGUAAUAACCUUACCUGGUGUUGCGUCAACUUGUUCUAGUUUAAUUCUUAUUGUGCAAAUAUUAUGUUUAUAAAAAUAUA